AUGGCAAGAGCAGCUGCUCCCUUUUCCAAGCCGACCUGGGCCGCAGACUGCUGCCCCCCGCCUGGCCUGCAGCGGCCCCCGGAGGGAGGGGGCAGCCCCGGGUCUCCAGAAGUCACCUCCGAUGCAGAAAGUGACCCGCAGAAGCUGGAGGCUUGGAUGGAGGAGAGGAAGCAGCUCCGAUCUCAGCUGGAGGGCGUCGUGGAUGUAGAAAAAUGGCUGAUGGGGAAGCCUUCCCUCAGCAGUCGGGAAGAAAGAGUCUGGGAAAGAAUAAAGGCGUGCAGAGCAGAGAGGAGGGCUGAAAGCAAGUCAGCCAUGACCUGCAGCCGGGGCUGCUCGCCACCAGCGAGCUGCCAGCCCUGGCAGGGAGGUCACCCUCCCCUUAUUCGUGCACCGUACCCCCCAGCUCUUGUCACGCUGCAUAACCUCCUGCGCAAGCAGAAGCUGACACUGGUGGACGUGUUCAAGAAGGCUGGUAUGGACAGGAGGAAGAUCACGAGAGCAGACUUCAUUCACGUCAUCAAAGCGAGCAAAGUUCCCAUCAGCGACAAGGACCUGGAGACUGUGAUCAUCUUCCUGGCUUCCUCAAAGAGGGGGGCUUUUAUAAGCAAUGAAGAUCUGAUUGAAUGUCAAAAGCAGUGGCUGGAAAUGAUGAAAGGACAAUCCAGAGAGACCAAAACAGGUGUACAAGCCCAUAAAGACACUUGCACAACCGUCAGUUGUGUAACUUCUGCUGGGGGCAAAGCCAAAGAGACAAAGCCUCGUGCUCCUACCAAGCCUGAAACACAGUUAAGGCUGUUAGAAGUUCCCCCAGUCAACAUUGAGCCAGAACGCAGAUAUCUAAGCUAUGAUGAAAUGGAAGAGACUGGAAAACAGUUCAGAGACAGGAGGCGAUGGAAGAAGUACAAAGACAGCCCGCUAGAAUGGAAAGAAAAGUGUCGUCUGGUGCGAUCUGGGGCUGCAGCCGUUGAUGAGCACUGCCUGCCGUCAACUGCAGAGGGGGACAUGGGAGCACUGGUGGACCAGUACCGCAGGCAUUGCUUCAUGAGCUAUCUGAAGAGCCUCAAACUGUGCAGAGAACACAACAGUCGUCUCACGGAGCUAAUGCUGCAAAAAGGUAAAGCAGAGACCUUGGUAAAAGCCCUGCUGCACCCGGGAGACAAGAUCAUCAAAGAGGGAGAAGACAUAAGGCGGAUCAGGCAGCCUGGAGGAUCUUACACCUCAGCAUGUGAUCCUGCUCCAUCACCUGUGAGCACAUCCAGAUCGAGAACUGCAUCCAGAAAGCAGGCCAAAGAGGCGGAAAAUAGCAAGUCAAAUGACAAUAACUUCUGGCCAAGUCAUCUUCUGGACAAGGUACGCCUGUACCUCCCCGAAACGGAGCCUGGCAGGGCACACGCCUUGUUCAGCUACGUCCGUUCAACCAAGCCCGUCUGUCCUGGCCUCUGCAGCCCUGACCGCAGCUGA